GCUUAAUGAGAAACUAAACACAAGUAAUCCCAGCCAGUUUGUACUGUGAGGAUUAUAAGAAACCUAAUAUACAUGCAUACAUUAUACGAAUGGCAAAUACAAAGAAAUCAAAUGAAAGUUGUUGCUUUUAUUCUACAGACUUGGGGAGAGAAAAGAAGAAGAAAGUGAAAAUGGAAGAAGCACGGUCAAGCGUUUGUGAUUGUUUGCUGGAAGGCAUCCGUAAAAUGUACAAAACGCAGCGGUUUACGGAUGUCAUCAUCCAUGUGGAAGACCAGUCCUUCCGGUGUCACCGAGUGGUCCUGUCAUCUGUAUCUUCCUACUUUGACGUCAUGUUCUCCUCUGGGAUGAUGGAGUCCAACUCCAUGUCCACAACUAUUCACAACGUUAGCUCUCAGACAUUCGAUGAAGUCCUGCAGUACAUCUAUUUUGGAAAAGAUAUCAUAGAACCAGACAACGUCGGGGAACUCCUGCAGGUUUCUGCUAUGCUCCAGAUUGCGCAUUUACAGUUUGAGUGUGAAGAGUUCAUCCUGGGUAACGUCGACGUCAACAACUGUUUGGGGGUCUGGAAACUAGGGAUAUCACAUAACAUUGAGUCACUAACAGAAAGUAGUCAACCUUUUCUCCUAUCCAAAUUCGACGAAAUAAGUCAAAGUGACGACUUUUUAAAGCUUGAAAAGGACGAAUUGGACCUCAUAUUACGCGACGAACGUCUUAUCUCCUCUGGGGAAGAGAUUGUUUGCAAGGCUCUUUUUCGUUGGAUAGAAGCGGACGAAACUCGUCGAAAAGUUGCUUUGCCAGAUCUCUUCGAAAACAUUCGACUUACUUCAGUCAGUCUUGAAUACUUGUUAGAUCACCUAGAUCAACAUCCGUAUAUUCUUGAACAUGAAAGUUGUCACAAGGAAGUAAAAAAUGCAAUCAAGUACCACGCCUUGCCUUCCAGGCGCCAGGAGCUGAUGUGGGACGAGAAACCGUACAGAUAUAACGCUGAGCAAGAAAUGGUUCUAGCGGUUGUAGGGAAACGCCUUGCCAGCGAUGGUUUGAUCGUUACAGAGUUCAUGGGAUACAGCUUUUCAAACAAAAGGUGGGUUGCGCUUCAACCGAUCCAUACCCCACUUGGAGACGAAUUUGCAGUUUGCUCUUAUGGUAACGACAUAUUCAUAACCGGUGGAACUUCGAAUAUGACCUCUUGCUUGAGAUAUUCUGCCAAAUUUUCACAAUGGUGGAAGCGCUCGCCUAUGUGCUGCGGCAGAUAUAGACACUCAAUGGUGGCAGUGCGAGACUCGCUUUAUGUACUUGGUGGCUACAACUUCGGGACUUUAAGUAGCAUCGAACGAUAUGACAUGGAGACCGAGAAAUGGGAAUCGGUUGGAGAACUCAAUUACGGGGUUGAUAAAUGCUCCGCGGCAGUCAUGGACAAGAAAGUCUUUAUUUUGGGAAGUUGUUCAAGCUUUGCAGCGAAAACAGCCGGGAUACAGUGUUUCGACACUAGGACUGGCACGUGUACAUUAAUUGCAAACCUCCCCACGUCCCCUAAAUUCACCAAUGCUGUAAAAUUCGACGACACUGUCCAUGUCGUCUGCGAUAAUGGGGAUAUAAUAUCUUUCAGUGGCAAGGAGGAACAUCACACACUACGAAAGAUCAAGGGCUUUUCCAAAAGGGACUUUGGACUUUUCAUGGACCACGGAUCACUGUGCAUUGUUGGUGGGAACCUGAACGUGCUUUCCGAAAUGGAAGAACUUUGUUGUGACGUGAUAAAGGUCGAAGGUGAGGAACAACAUAUAUGCGAGCACCUCGAACUACCUUUUCCAAUGACAGUCACCAUAUGCUUACGUAUUGUUGUUGAAAGGAAAUAUCCACUCUUGGAUAUUCAUUCUUUAAUACGAGACUUCGGGAACAUUGAAUGAUUCUGCUGUUCACUUGCUUCAAACAAACCUGUGAUCAUAGUCCUAUUGCACGUACGAGAUCGCCAUAUUGUUACAGCUAAUUAUAUAUGCAUGUCAAAGGUCAAUCGGGGAUAGCCGUGUUAACGUAAACAACAAUGGAUGCCUGCGUUAUUCUUGAAGUACACCGCGGAUCUUUUUGAUUGGCAUUUUUUAAUUUUGGUAUAUAAUAUAUAGAUAUAUCUUUAAACAAAAUGGAUACUGGCUAUCAGACUUGUAAUCUGGAUGAUUUCUCUCAUUGGAAAAUAAAGGCGUGGCAUUCAUUUCUGAGCAGCAGAGGACUGUCGAUAAGAACUUAUAGCUCUCGCUUUUGCCGCAAGUAAACUGCAUAUGCCUACAGCUGUAGAAAUAGAGAAAUCGAAGUUAGAUUCCUACAUUGUUUUACUUAAGAGUUGGUGAUGUUGUAUAUUGCCUGAUCCUUUGUUAAUUUUUGAUAAGUGGGGGACGAAAAACAAGGAAUGAUUCCUUGACCACCAGAUUUUAUAACUGAUGUAACUUACCCCCAUGCCUGCUAGGAGGGGUCAACAAGGUGGCAUGAAGAAGUGUGAAAUCUUAGAACAAUGUACUAAAACCGUUGUCUGCCGUUAUGCAGUGAAAUGGCUCUAAAAGAUCCAUAAAUCCAGAAUGUAAGGUAUAUUUUUGUCACUGGUCCUUCCACCCCAGCAUUUUCACAAAAAAUCUUACGACUAAGACAAAUAUUUUGUCUCUGUCUUAUACACAACUGAGUGCAACUGUGUCUCGAGUAAGAAUAGAGUUUCAUCACCAAUGCAUAUACUUAGUUUUGCUCAUUCAGAAAUAUGUGAGCGAAGAAUUAUAAAAGAAUUACAGUGUUUUAACAAUUUUAGCUUAGUCGUAAGAGUUUUUGUGAAAAGGGCCACUGGACUUGGUCACCUUUUUGAAUGUACAAUAUACUGUUUGUUCCAUCCAAAUUACACCUCAUGAAUGAAAUCUCGUAGGUUCAAAUCAUGUGUAAUUAUGCUAUCUUUAUACGAACAAUGACUUAUUUGUUUUUACAUUUAUUAGAGUGUAGUACAUGUAUUUCAUGAAAUGAUAUAUUGUAAUGUAUGUUCCAAGAACAAUCAGAUGUACAAUUUCUAAUAUAUUUACGGAAACUUCGUAUUAACUAAUCGGAGUUCCAUGUGAUAAAUUAUUUUUUUU